UUUUUUUUCGUUACAAGUGACCAACCUCUUUCAAUUUUGAGUUUGUUGAAGACUGUACGAAUUACAGUCGUUUUAGAAUAAAAAUUUUUGUGCCGUGUGUGUGUCAUUCAUUGUUCUUUGUUACCAAUGUUAAACGGACGAAGUUUAUAUAGUUCUGAUAUUCAGAACGAAAAAAUGAUCAAUGUUCGGCCAUUGUGCAAAGCAUUAGCUAUUAAAGUUUCGAAAGACUUGAAUGAAGUGCCAGCAAGAGUUCCGGAAGAUAUUGAAACAUUGAGAGAAUGGUUACUGACACAGAAACAUCUUCGGACUCCGCUGGAUGAUCAGUUCUUGAUUACUUUCUUGCGCGGAUGUAAAUACAGCAUACAAAAAGCCAAAGAAAAAAUAGAUUUGUUUUUCACUGUCCGAGAAGAAAUUCCAGAACUAUAUAGCAACAGAGAUCCACUGGACAAGCGAAUCGGAGCCAUGUUGAAGUUGGGGUGUACUGUUGUAGUUCCAAAUCCACCUGGUGACGGAGGUCCGCAAAUUCAAUUCAUCAGACCCGGACUGUAUGGCACAUCAGAAUUUACCGUUCACGAGUUAUUCAAAUUGAAUACAAUUAUGACAGACGUUAUGAUCUUGGAGGACGACAAUUUCAUAAUAAGCGGUGCUGUCGGAAUCAUGGAUUUUACAAACGUGACGAAGGAACAUUUCAACGAAUUGGACGCAAUAUGCUUGAAGAAAAUUGCCAAAUUAAAUCAGGAGGCACAGCCGAGCCAGUAUCUGGGAUUUCACUACAUUCACAUAUCGAGUCAAUUCGCUGAAAUAUUUAACAUGUUCAAGGGAUUUAUGAGCGAGGAGAACCGCAGACGAUUGUAUGUCCAUAGAAACAUCGAAACAUUGUACGACUACGUGCCCAGGCGACUGUUACCAACAGAAUAUGGUGGUGAAGCCGGUCCCAUUCAGAACAUGAUUGACAUUUUCGAAACGAAAGUAAUCUCUUGCCGUGAAAAGUUGAUUCGUUGGGAGGGUUAUGGCGUGGACGAAAGUUUAAGAGUGGACAAAUCUAGGAGUUUAAUCGAAAUUGAGAAACGAAAUAUUUAUAAUGUUUAAGAGAAUGAAAAGCUGGGCUAAGUUAUGAACAUUCGA